UUUCACUUUCACAUACAUACGUUGAAGAACACAAAGCCGUUGGCUCUAUAGUCCGCUCUUUCUUCGAGGCUACAUAUCACUCUUUGAACUUCACCCUCUCUCUCUCCCCUAAAAAUCCGACGAAAUUCAAUCUCUCUCUGAUUCACUUUCCCUUUUCUCUGACAAUCACCACAAUCAUCGUUCCUUGUUCCACUCAAUCUCUCACCUUCUGGGUUCUCUUUCGUUUUUUUUUUUCUGGGUUUUUUCUUCUGAGGCUGUUUCUUACUUUCCUCAAAAUCACUGGUUCUAAAAAGUUUCCUGGGAGGGAAACUACGAUUAGGGCAGAACGGAAGAAGCUUGUCCGUUUGAGACGGGUUUUGUUUCGUUUAUUCUUCAGAUGUUCAAAGUCAUGAGCUUUACCAGGUGGGGAGUGUUCGUUGUUUUCUGUGUUUUGGCUUCAACAGUGCCGUUUUCUGCCGGAAUCACUAAUCUUCGAGAUGUUUCUGCAAUCAACAACUUGUAUAUCACUUUGGGGUCUCCACCUCUAUCUGGCUGGCUUGAUUUUGGAGGUGACCCUUGUGGAGAAGGAUGGCAAGGCGUGAUCUGUGACUCUGCAAACAUAACGGAAAUAAGGAUCAGUGGCUUGAAUGUUGGUGGAAGCUUAAGUGACACUUUGUCUGAAUUCACAUCAAUCCAAGUGAUGGAUUUCAGUAGCAAUCGUAUUGGAGGGAGCAUUCCACGGAAUUUGCCGUAUACCAUCAGGAACCUAUCUCUCUCAGGCAAUCAGUUUACCGGGAGCAUUCCCUUCACUAUAUCCUAUUUGUCUCAGUUGUCUGACCUGUCUUUAGGCAACAAUCUUCUAACGGGAAGCAUACCCGAUAUCUUUCAGCAGUUGUCAGAACUGACAAAACUGGACAUGUCGGCUAACCAGAUGACCGGGAAGUUGCCUUCCUCCAUGAGAGAUUUAUUAUCUCUUAAGACAUUGCAUUUACAGAACAACAAGCUUAUCGGGACGCUUGAUGUUUUGGAGGAUCUUCCCUUAACCGAUCUGAACGUAGAGAACAAUUUAUUCUCUGGACCGAUACCGCCAAAGUUGUUGAAUAUUCCAAAUUUCAAAAAAGAUGGGACCCCGUUCAAUACAACGAUCAUAACGCCACCACCGCCGGGAAUUGUUCCUCCUCCUCCUUCCUCACGCCUUCCUCCAGUUUCCCCUCUUCCUCCUGCUUCUCCUUCUCCUCCUCUGGUUUGGCCGCCGCCCACUGACGACGAUGGAGAGAGCGGAGAUCCAUUUAAUGGUGUUCCCAGCUCGGGCCAGCCUACCUUGGAAAUAUCGACCCCUUCAGGGUCGGGGAAAUUCUGGACGACGCAAAAGAUCAUCUUGAUUGUUGCUUCGGUGGCGAUAAUCCUUCUUGUAUCAGGUUUGUGUUUCUCACUUUGGAGAUGCUGCAGAAGCAAGAAAUCUUACCAGUACGAUGCUGAAGCGUUUAAAGAAAACGUACCGAAUCGCAGCAAUAAACCCUCGUCUCUCCCGGUGGCUUCUGACAUUGGAAAAGUUCCUCGUGAGCCGAUGGUUAAGCCUUUCGAUGGAUACGGAGCAGACAACAGGAAAAACGGGUCUCAGCCGAAACCGCAAGUCAUGGCUGCGGGUUCGGGUUACAAGACUGGUAAUAGAUUGCCGCCACAGAAACCGCUGCCGCGUCCCCCGAUGCACUUUCGGUCUAACGAGGCAGCAGAGAGAGUGACUCGUUUUCCUCCGGGAAUGAAUUCAUCGUCUUCUGCUACCGUUUUCACCAUCGCUUCUCUUCAGCAAUACACUAAUAGCUUUGCGGAAAGGAACAUUAUCGGGGAAGGAUCGCUCGGAAACAUUUACAGAGCCGAGCUUCCUGAAGGGAAGUUACUCGCGGUGAAGAAGCUGACCGCAACACAGACCGACAGCGAAUUCCUGAAUCUAGUUUCCAGUGUGAUCAAGCUUAAACAUGGUAACAUAUUGGAGCUUUUCGGUUACUGCAACGAGUACGAUCAAAGGUUGCUCGUUUACGAAUACUGUCCGAAUGGAUCGCUUUACGAUGCUCUACACGUCAACCGCAAAAUGCAAAAGAAGAUUACAUGGAACAUCCGGAUAAAACUCGCGUUAGGAGCUUCCAGGGCGUUGCAGUUCCUUCACGAGGUUUGCCAGCCGCCGAUUGUUCACCAGAAUCUCAAAUCUUCCAAGGUUCUCCUCGACGAGAAGUUUUCGGUUCGUGUUUCAGACAGCGGAUUAGCUCAUCUGUUACCGCCUCGUUCCACAAGUCAGAUGGCGGGUUACGCUGCUCCUGAGGUCGAAUACGGGAGCUAUACUUGCCAAAGCGAUGUGUACAGCCUUGGGGUCGUCAUGUUAGAACUGCUUACGGGACGAAAACCAUACGACAGGACAAGGCCAAGGGGACAGCAAUCGCUGGCACAAUGGGCGAUUCCUCAGCUUCACGACAUCGAUGCGUUGACGAGAAUGGUCGAUCCAUCGUUAAACGGGGCGUAUCCGAUGAAAUCCUUGUCGCGUUUCGCCGAUAUCAUAUCCAGAUCACUGCAAAUCGAACCUGGAUUCAGACCACCGGUUUCAGAACUUGUCCAAGAUCUUCUGCAUAUGAUCUGAAACCCUGAAGCCGAGAGAGAGAGUCCACUGUAAGAUUAUUGGGGGUUUUUUUUCCUUAUUUUUUUUGGUUGUUGCAUCAUCCUCUGAUGAAUGCAAAAAAAAAACUGUUUCUUUUUUUGUGCUAUAAAAUUUUACAGUGUGAUGGUGAACUGUAACUGCGUUUGCUCUUCGGUCUAGCGUUAGGAGCGUUAUCGGCGUUGAAUGCGUUAAGACUAUGCUUCUAUAUGUUUCUGAAA